CCUAGCCUCUGUUGUCUUGUAUAUAUACUGCCCAAGCUUCAAUUUUCUUCGCUUCGUGCACGACAACACAACAUAAACUAGAAGCUAAGAAGCAUACAAUUCAAUGAAUCAGCAGCUGAAUUUGCCAGCGGGCUUCAGAUUCCAUCCGACGGACGAUGAGCUCGUGGUGCACUAUCUAUGCCGCCGGUGUGCGGGGCACCAGAUCGCUGUCCCCGUUAUAGCUGAGAUCGAUCUCUACAACUUCGAUCCAUGGGAUCUUCCCCAAAUGGCACUUUACGGUGAAAAGGAAUGGUAUUUCUUCUCCCCAAGAGACCGAAAGUAUCCCAAGGGUUCACGCCCAAACCGGGCCGCUGGGACCGGCUACUGGAAGGCCACUGGGGCCGAUAGGCCCAUUGGCAGGCCCAAUACCCUCGGCAUCAAGAAAUCUCUCGUCUUUUACGCUGGAAAAGCCCCAAGAGGAGUCAAAACCAACUGGAUUAUGCACGAAUACCGCCUGGCCAACGUCGAUCGAUCUGCGGGAAAAGCCAACAAUCUCAGCCUCGAUGAUUGGGUCUUGUGCCGUAUAUACAACAAGAAAGGGACAAUCGAGAAGCACUAUAACGUGGACGAGACAGACGUGCAGUUCUCAGACAGCGACGAACAGAAACCUAAUGACAGCUCGUACUGUGACAUCAUAGCGCAGUUUGACCUCUCGGACUCGAAGCCAAAAUUGCAAACAGACUCGAGUAGCGAGUUUGCAUGUGGUGAUAAUAGUAAGGAGGUCGAGAGCAAGCCUAAGUGGAGUGACCUGGAAAAUUCGCUCGAUUUUCAGCUCGGUUACAUGGAUGCGUUCGGGCAUGACCCGUUUGCGUCCCAAGUACAAUAUAGUGAUCACUACUCCUCAAUGUUUCAAGACAUGUUCUCUUCGUACAUGCACAAGCCUUUUUGAUCUAUGGGAUGUAGACUUGUAGUGUGGGCUUUGGUUGACCGUUGAUGUUUAUGUGGAUGGUGGAUUAUCGGAAUGCAAUUAGUUGAUGUGUAAAGAUAGGAGCAUUUUUGUAUGUUUAGGGACCAUAACAUAUGUGGUAUCAGUUUGUUGUUUUCAUUUUCUCCACAAAUGAAUGAUAAUCAUUUUAAUUUCGAUUUUGUAUUGGAAGCAAAUAAAGGAAGCAAGA